AUGUGGACUGAACCCCUGGAUCCCUCCACCCGGGUCUUUCGGAGUCAAAGACCAAGGAAGAGACCCAGAACCAGCUGCUCUUCGUCAGGGUCUGCUUUGUCAGAAGAAUCACCGUCUUCUCCAAUUCUCAGCAGUCAGGGUUACAAGUCUGUCGAUUCAAAUGAAAUUCCUGGCAGCCCCGAUGAGAGCUCUUUUCAAACAGAUGAACGCAUAGAGACAGAAGACAGAGGUGUAUUAAACUUGAAGACAUAUAGAGAUGCCCGCCGUGCUCUGGUACCUGGCUCUGAACCAUCACGACAUAUCAGUCAUCUGACUACCCUAGAAACACAUUACCUUCAAUAUCAUACAGAGACAGCCUCUAGGCUCAUCGCCAACCUGGAAAAUGAUGGCAAUCCUCUCCGAGCCUUGCUAGUCCCCAGAGCAAUGUCGUCUCCUCUUCUUCUUCGUGCUCUUUGCGCCCUCUCUGCAAUCCAUCUCUCCAAUCGUGCGCAGGAAGCGCAGAGGGCCCAGGCGGCCGCCGUGAAGUACUAUGUGCAAACCCUCGGUGGCAUUCGCGCAGUUUUGACGGAUUCCCCGACCAAGAUCUUUUCGGAAGACAUUGUCCUAGCCGUCGCUCUUGUAUGCAAAUACGAGAUUGUUCGGGGGAGCGUUAAGCAAUGGACUAUGCAUUUCAAUGCGCUGCAGAAGCUAAUUAUCAAUCGUGGAGGGUUUGCAACUUUAAAUCGCGAUGUGGCAGACUUUCUAGCAGGAUUUAUCAAGUACGCGGAGAAUAUGGCGAGAAUUACCAUUCCCACGCACCAAAUCGUCGGGUCUGCAGAUGACCUCAAAGUCACCAAGCUGGAUAUCUAUAUGGGCUAUACCGAAGAGAUCAUCGAGAUUUGUGCUGAGAUUGCCAAGCUACAUAGCCUCCACGACCACUCCGAACUUUUGUCCAAAGUUAUUAAAGUAGACACCGCCCUUCGACAUUGGACAUAUAUGUCCCGACCAUAUAUCAUCCCCGGGGGAUGCACCGGCGAGAGGAUCUCUCGCCUCCGAAUGGUCGCCGACUGCUUCCGGGACGCAGCGUACCUCUAUCUACACGCGACGCUGAAGCGACAAGCAGACCGAGCCCCCUUCUCUGCCGUGGUGUCUGUCUCUGCGCAGGAAGCGCUGCAAAGACUCCUCAGCCGCGUGAGACAGACCCGGUUAGACGCAAACUGCGAAUAUUCAGCCCUGACGUUCCCCUUGUUCAUCGCAGGCAGCGAGAGCGAAACCCGUUCAGACCGGGACCUGGUCGGCCAGUCCCUGGACAAUCUGCGCGAUCAUUUCGGGAUCGGAAAUGUCACCCGCGCAAAACAGCUGCUGGGUAUCUUGUGGGAGACGGGAACGAAGAACUGGUUAGACAUGCUGGAAGAGCUGCAGUGGGAGUUGAAUUUGGCAUAG